AUGAUGUUCAACAUGUGCUUGUAUUCAGAUUGGGGAUUAAAACAGAAGACACGAAUUCCAAUGGAGAAUCAAGGAGACAAACUGGAAGAGAAAUAUGUUUGCAUCAAUUGUUGCUAUGCAUCUUCAAGUCUUUUUUUGAAGUAUAGUGACAACGGAAUCCGACUCACGCAUUGUGUAGGUUAUCUGUUGCGUAACUGUGGCCGAGCUGUAGAUGCAUAUGUUGAAUAUGACAAUGUUCUCAUAAUAAUCGAUCUCAUGCUGCAGUAUGUCAAAGCAUAUCGACAUCUUUUAAUAAACAGCAAUAAUCUCGUAUCGUUUAUCCUUAUGUCAGCAAUAUUCUUAGUAUUUGUGCAUCAAAGGCGGCGGGUAAUAUUGGGUAGCGAUAAUAUUUACGACUUGGAAUGGAAAUUUUAUGAAUGUUUGCUGCAAAGUUUAAUGGAGAUGACAUCUCUUGUACUUGUGCAGAUGACACUAUUAUCGUCUCGAUAUCGUUCAAGACUUUCUAUUAGCAAAGCUCUACAGGUGUUUUGUGCUGGAUUUUAUGGAAAUGUGUUCGCUGUAUUAUCAGUUAUAUGGCACUUACACUUGAUAUGGUCAUAUAGAAUGUUUAUUGAAUUAUUUGUAUUUAUAUCGCAUGUUCAGGCACUUCGGGGUAUGUUUUUUUUAAUUGCAGAAAACGUAGCAGUUCAUCAGAUCAUCUUUUUCAUGCUUCUAAACGUUUAUAACAUUGUAUGA